CCAAGUGAAGAGAAGGAGAGGAUGGCUCAGAUUCUCCAAAUGGAGAUCCCCAACUUCGGUAACAGCAUCCUGGAGUGCCUGAACGAGCAGCGGUUGCAAGGUCUGUACUGUGACGUCUCGGUGGUGGUGAAAGGCCAUGCUUUCAAGGCCCACCGGGCCGUGUUGGCCGCCAGUAGCUGUUACUUCCGGGACCUUUUCAACAACAGCAAGAGCACAGUGGUGGAGCUGCCUGCCGCUGUGCAGCCGCAGUCCUUCCAGCAGAUCCUUAGCUUCUGCUACACCGGCCGCCUCAGCAUGAACGUGGGCGACCAGUUCCUGCUAAUGUACACGGCAGGGUUCCUGCAGAUCCAGGAGAUCAUGGAGAAGGGGACUGAGUUCUUCCUGAAGGUCAGCUCGCCUAGCUGCGACUCCCAAGGCCUGCACACUGAGGAGGCGCCCUCGUCCGAGCCGCAGAGCCCCGUGGCGCAGACGUCCACCUGGCCCUCCGGCAACACCCCCCUGCCCCUGGUCUCUCGCGUCAAGACGGAGCAGCAGGAGUCGGACUCUGUCCAGUGCACGUUUGUGGUUAAGCGGCUCUGGGAAAACAGCCAGAAGGAAGGGGGAGGCGGCAGCGGCAGCAACGGCAGCCGCAAGAUGGCCAAGAUCUCCUCCCAGCAGGAGCUCAGCGGGGGUAACCGGCAGUCCCAGCAGCAGUCCCAGCAGCAGGGGGCACUGUCCGGAGGGGCAAAUGUCGUCAGCGGCCCCAGCACGUCGGACCAGACGAGCCCCGGCACCUCUAGCGCCUACACCAGCGACAGUCCCAGCUCCUAUCACAAUGAGGAAGAUGAAGAGGAGGAUCCUCCCGAGGAAGGCUCCGAUGAGCAGUACCGGCAGAUUUGCAACAUGUACACUAUGUACAGCAUGAUGAAUGUAGGACAGACUGCAGAAAAAGUGGAAGCUCUGCCAGACCAAGUGGCAUCAGAGUCCCGCAACCGGAUACGAGUGCGACAGGACUUGGCUUCGCUGCCUGCUGAGCUCAUCAACCAGAUCGGGAACCGAUGCCACCCCAAGUUGUACGAUGAAGGAGACCCCGCUGAGAAGUUGGAACUUGUGACAGGUACCAAUGUGUACAUCACUCGGGCACAGCUGAUGAAUUGUCACGUCAGUGCUGGGACGAGGCACAAAGUGCUUCUCAGACGGCUACUAGCAUCCUUUUUUGACCGGAACACCCUUGCCAACAGCUGUGGCACUGGAAUCCGCUCCUCUACCAAUGACCCUAGCCGAAAACCCCUCGACAGCAGGGUGCUGCAUGCUGUGAAGUUUUAUUGCCAGAACUUUGCCCCCAACUUCAAGGAAAGUGAGAUGAAUGCAAUCGCUGCUGACAUGUGCACAAACGCGCGGCGCGUUGUCCGCAAGAGCUGGAUCCCUAAACUGAAACUACUGAUGGCUGAAGGAGACACCUACACCACCUUCAUCAACGACACCGGCAAGAUGGAGCCAGACAUCAUGGGUGUGGAGCACAGCUUUGAGACCGGCAGCCAUGAUGGCGAAGCAGGCACCUCCACCGAGGGCCUCCAGUAAAACAUGCCCUCCUCUUCUU